AAGUUAAUUCAGAUCUGAUUUACGCCUCGUUACAGGUGAGUGAUGAACAGUAACAUAACAAGAGAAACCAACCAGCGACUUGCAAUAAGACCGAAGCCUGGCAGUAAUUGGCCUGCAAGUCGACGAUUAAGUGAGCCUAUUACUUCCUUUUGUGCACGCUCGGCACAGCUCAAAGGGGCACGCUUCUUCACGUUGCCAAGUACGGUAGAUUCUCGGACACUGGCCUUAUUGACGGAACUCGCUGCAAAAGCAAAAUCACAUUCGGACUAUUUACUAAAGCGAUUGAUCAAAGCGACGACAAGCGCUUAUCGUGUCGGCGAGCACGUUCUCUCCGAUCGGAUUUGUUACGAAAGUGUCCACGGACCUAUCCAAAUCGUCGUCGGAAAACAAUAACGAAAUAGGACAACCUCUUUGAUAGGAUGACAAUUGAAGUGUGGCAACCCGUUAAUUGGUUGUGCGUGUAGAUCGACAGCUUCGUAGUUCAACCCCCGUCAUUUCUUUCUGAUACAGUUCGCGUUUAUUAUCUAUUUUCAGUGACCAGUAAUAGAUAGCUGGCUUCGUGCCUGAAUGGUGCUUUUAGGCAUACCCACCACUGACGAUACGACAGUAAGAUCAUAAAUUACAUCCCUGUCAAAAGGAAAUGUUGAGACUUUAAUAUUAUCGAUCACAUCGGUGAGGACUGAUUUUAAUUUGACUAAUUUGCGCGAGUCAAAAGAGGACAAGUACCAUCAUUAGCAAUCGUGUUUACAACUGACGUACACUCAUAGUGCUCAAUCGGUGAUAAACCAACACUUCAUUCGAAGAUCUAUGAUAACACCUUGGCAACUAGAGAUAAAAUACCUCUGCUACAACUAUACGAAACUAUUUGGAUCCUGAUUCCUAAGAUCGGUACCGUUUUUCAGGAAAUUUUAGGCCGUGGGGUUUAUUUGCUUUUUAUUACUACUACAUGAUCCAAAUCUGAUUCUGUUUGUGGACACCGUCCGUAUGUAACGUUAUCCGAUAUUGGUCGCCCUCGUAACAAAUUGAAAAGCAGUUUAGUGCUAUGCGAUCAUUUCAUAUUUGACUUCUGAACUUCUGAAUAAUUAAGUGACGACGACUACAGUGUUGUUCUGACCAGUGUAUUUAAUCGAGACUAAUAAAAGAAAAGCAUAUGGACGGAGUAAUAGGCCUUCUCCAUGCUAUGAUGGGAUCGCCGGCUUCAUCCUACUCGUACCCCCUCCCUGGGGCUGUCGGUACAUGGCAUCCACAUUGCUACGACGAUCGAGGGAAACAGCACACUCCGUACUUCAUAGCCGAUAUACUAUGCGACGUUCAAAAAGACGGAACGACUAGAAAAACGAAAUAUAGUUUCACAUUAGAAAAGACGGAAUGCGAUGGCCCGCUGUUGAAACGUGGAGGUAGUGUAAGUACCGACUGUAGCGCCGAUUUUAGUCCAUCUUGGUCAUCUUCGUCUGCCGGAGAAAAUUUAGACUCCCGCCAGUUUUCCGACGACAUGGAUCGAAGAGAAGUAACAUCGUCUCCAGAUAUAAAUAGCAAUUCCGACAAAUCCAGAGAGAAAGCAGCAAAAAGAAAAUUACCAAAGGAUUGUGACUCUAUCGAGAAAAAGAAAAAGGCUCGGACCACGUUCACUGGACGACAGAUAUUUGAACUCGAGAAGCAGUUCGAAGGGAAAAAGUAUUUAUCGGCAAGCGAACGAGCUGAAAUGGCGUCUAUGUUAAAAGUUACCGAUACUCAGGUAAAAAUAUGGUUUCAAAAUCGUCGUACCAAGUGGAAGAAGUUGGAAGGAAUUUCGAACUCAGAAGCUGCAGAACAUAAGAUUGGUGGACCAAAGCACUUGGAAUCGCUAAAACGAAACGAGCAGCGGUCCAGCAGCGACGAAAACCGUCAAAAGCCCACUGAUGACAACAGUGGUGAUAGUGCUAACACUUUUGAUACCGCAGGAACUAAACAAUGCAUAGAAAACGAAUAUAUAGAUAAAUGUGACGAACAGCUUAAGAAGACAGAAGAGUUUUUAAUUUCUAAGGAAACGGAGAAAUCAGAAUCAGAAAUAGAAAUUAUUGGCAGUAAAGAAGAAGACUCAACAUCAGAACAAAAUUUGUAUUUACAUGAUAGGUAGGGGCCUAAUGAGUGAAACGGACAAGUUUGUGGCCCAAAUUUUAAACUUAUUUACGUAACUAGAUACAAUACGAAGAUUAACUAUUUUGUCGAGGCUUGUGUACUUGAGGAUCGAGAGUUAAACUUUCUAAAUUACAAUUUAGUAACGAGCAGUCAGUUGCGAGAGUAGGCAUGCCUAUAACCGAUAGAAACAGAAGUCAGUGUAGAAAGGGAAUAUGCCUAUCUAAUUACUUGUGUAUGAAGUUUAAAAUCUGUCUUUCGAUUCAUUCGUAAAGUAAUUGGCACUUGAAGAAACUGAUUGAAACAAGUAUACACUUACAGACGACAAACACUACUUAGACAGAGUUGGCGGGAAAAGGUAGUAUCUCGGUCAAGUAGUGAUUACGAGGAAGGUGUGCGCCAAGAGCACAUAUGAUGUGUUAUCUGUUGAUACAUUAUGUGUAAAACGUUGCAAACUUUUCAAUUAAGCUGGAUUUAGGACCGUGUGUAAUACUCCUUAUAAAGCAUGGUGGAGUAUAUCUUAAUUGAUAAGAAAAACCGAUGACGAGCCGCGGCUUAGAAGCUAACAAGCUCAUCAGUUCGUUUUCGAACUUGAUGAGAUCAUGCAAGGGAGCGAAGCGAUCUACCUUGAUGUUUUUCUUUCAUUGAUGCGUGGAUUUAUUAGCCUGCUGCCUGCCAUAGAUUGAACAAAUGGGUCAACCUUAAUUUAAUUUUAUUCUCCUAAACUAAGUAUAUUCGUUUGUUAGUAUGUACGCCUACUUAUACAAAGCACAGUUCAUACACGCUUCAAAAACAAACCAAGUCAAGGCUGACGGUCUCACUAUUGAAAAAAAAAAAGAAGAGUUCUGUGGCGUCACGCCGCGUGCGCAUAAGACAGGCCGCGUCAGCAAACUUGAAUGCGUUUGCGUCGCGUUUUAUGCCAAUGUUGGCGUUGGUGUUUACGUCAUCAAAGUUCGUUUAAAUGGCAGCUCUAUCCGUCACUAGUCACGGAAAUCAGAAAAAAAAAACCAAUAUAAUGAUACUGCAUGGGUUUUGGAAUGAUAUAAGUGGGCCUAUCAUAUUUUGCCAACAAUCGAUAGAAGACACUCAUUAGGAAUUUAUCAUAAUGUUUUAAAAUACAUAAAAUCAGCUAAAGUACUUGUUACACGUAAAGCUGGGCGCUCACUGCGUCGUACAACGAAUUCAACUCCGCUUUCUGUGUGCGCUAGACGACGCGACGCCGUCUGCUGAUAAUAGGUGCCAGUUUGAACGGAUUGCGUGCGCGUCUUUGACUUCUUUAUAAAAUCGCGUCGGCCGACGACUGUUGAUCGCAGUAAAUGCCCGGCCCAACAACGAGCAUAAUCUCCAUAAUAAAAAGUUUAAACAUACAAAAGCUCGUUACGGUACUGCUUUUGAAGAAUUGAUGAAUUCUGUGAACGAUAGACUGCCCGAAAGGCUUACAAGUUAUAUUAUCUACUGAAUGUAAUUAAUUCACAGAUAGUUUAUACUGUAUUGCAAAUCUAUAUUUUGUCUUGAAGUGAAUAACUGUGGACGUAUACUUCUUUGUAGCGUACGGACAUUUUGGAAGCUCUACAUUAAUUUAUUAUCUAACUAUAGCAUCCUCACGCUAGGUUUGUAGUAUUGUUUCCCGCCUGUUGAGGACUUGUUAAUGUUUGUGUUUCGUCACACUUUUUUGUGAUGGGUUUAACGAUAAAUGUGUGUACAUAAAUUGAUGCCUAGAUAACCGAUAUAAGUUGUACAAUUUCAGGUUUAAUAAAAAGUAUUUAUCAUCA